AUGGCAACCAUUUCUCUGCGGAGAAUAAAAGACAAGCUUUUAAUUGGAUUGCCAUCUAAGACUGUAGAGACAGUUUCCUUACAACUUUCUGGAGAAGAACGUGAACUGUAUGAUCGGAUGGAAUCAAGUUCCAAGGAUUUUGUCGAUUACUUUAUUUUUGCUGAUAGACUACGCAGCCGCUAUUCAUUUGUGCAUUUUUUAGUUUUACGACUUCGCAAGUUAUGUGAUGAUUCGGCCCUGUGUUCUUUGGAUCUCACAUCAUUGCUCCCUUCUGACAAUAUUCGAGAUGCAUCCAAACAUCCAGAAUUGCUUGGAAAGAUGAUCGAUAUGCUUCAAGAUGGUGAAGAUUUUGUAUGUGCAAUUUGCGGUUGUCCACCAACUGAUGCUGUAAUCACGAAAUGUUUGCAUAUUUUUUGCAAAAGAUGCAUUUGGUACUACCUCCCACGUAAAGAAUUCGAGAAAGGCUGCCCAAGUUGUGGAGAACCUAUUUCUAAGUCUGGCCUGUUCUCAGCCCCUCCAGAAUCUUCCAAUCCUGAAAACACUAAAAAAACAUCAAGAACAACUCCUUCCAAGGUCUCAGCUCUCAUAGAACUCUUGAAGGAAUCUAGUGUUGUGAACUCAAGCAGUAAAUCAGUAGUUUUUUCACUGUUCGAUAAGAUGUUGGUAUUACUGGAAAAGCCGCUGAAAGAUGCUGGCUUCAAUACGUUGCGGUUGGAUGCAUCAACGGAUGAAAGAGGACAAGCCGAAAUAAUCAAGGAAUUUGGAUCUGCAAGACCAGGCACGGUUCUUCUUGCCAGUCUCAAGACUUCAGUAUUCGGCAUAAACCUCACAGCUGCUUCCAAAGUCUACCUGUUGGAGCCAUGGUGGAACACAGCUGAUGAGGAACGGGCAAUAAACUGUGUUCACCGAUAUGGACAGAAGGAGAAUGUAAGAAUUGUUAGAUUAAUUGCUCAAAAUAGCAUUGAAGAAAGGAUAUUGGAGAUGAAAGAAAGGAAGAAACUGGCAAGUGAAGCUUUCAGAAGGCAAGGACAGAAGGAACGACGUGAGGUAAGCAUAGAUGAUCUCUGUAGCCUCUUAUCCUUCUGGACCUGAUCAAACAAGGUAUAUACAACUUAAAGUGCCGAAUUAUCCAAGGCCUGAACAAUCCGAAAUAUCCUAUGUAAGAAAUUGGCUUGGAUCAUGGCUUUAUUCACUAAGAAUAUUUCUACAGUCUAAAAGCAGACUUCAGUCUAGCUUGAAUGGAUAUCAUCUCCUAGCCGAACUAGAUGCAACGUAAGAUCACAUACUGGAACAAAUCUGAAUUUGUCAAAUUAA